UGCGCAUGUGCGAAUAUAAAAAACCUUUCGAAAGAUACGGAGGGAAAAUCAACAUAGAAUACAACGCUGUGAAGAGGCAUGAAGCUCGGCUGUGGUCGUGUCGGGAUGCAAAACUCAGAACCGGACGGAGCUGGAAAUUGUCAACAGUCGCUGGUUUUCUUUGACUUGGAGACGACUGGACUCGGUCAGACUUGUGAGAUCGUCCAGCUGGCUGCUGUGAGCGGAGGUCACUCGCUCAACCUCUACAUCAUCCCCCGUUGUCGGAUGCAGCGAGGAGCAGCCAAAGUUACCGGCUUCAAGGUCCGCAGGCACAGACUCUACCUCCAUCGCCAGCUCGUCCUCACCAACUCCCUGAGAGAGGUUCUCGUCUCCUUCAUAGCUUUCCUUCAAAUGCUCGGACGCCCGCUUGUCAUCGGCCACAACAUUCGUCGCUUUGACUGCCGCCUGCUGGCUCGAGCUCUGGACGAGCUGAACCUCAGGGCAGAGUUUGACUCCUCUAUCUCAGGCUGCGUUGACACUCUGCAGCUGGCUCGGGAGAUGCUGAAGGAUCGGGACCUCCAGAGUUUUCGGCAGGAGAAUCUGGUCAGGGAGUUGCUGGGGGUGGACUACAAGGCCCAUGAUGCUUUGGAGGAUGUGCGGGCAUUACAGGCCCUGUAUAGUGUACUUCAUCCUACACCAGAGUUGAUCUGUAAGCAUAGAUUUACCCUGGACACCAUGAAAAGCAAACCUACUGUCAAAGCUGCUAAAUCUAAAGUGGCCUGUAAUCCUCCACAACAGCGCCCCCUGUGGGAGCAUUUCAAACAGGCAGUGAAGCUCACAGAUGGAAAGACAGACGAGCAUGAUGAAAAAUCAGCUGGAUUGUAGAACUUUUAAUACAGCGGUGAAGUAACACCUGAUACUUUCACAGACAACUGGAAGCCUUUAACAGCCCAGUCAAUGGUGUAACAAAUAAAACAAGACUGGAGAAAAAUGACCUCAAACACCCUCUUCACUGAAGCUCAAAGGAAGGCAGUGAACAAAGAGGCAAACGGGUUAUUCCAGCAAGGGUUUGUGGUGAGAAAAUUCAUAAAGUGACAAUGCAGACAGUUCUAUUUAAGUCAAAUGCAGCACUUACAAAGGUGGUGAUGGCCUUUAUGUUUUUUAGAAGUCUCUGAAUGGCUUUGUCAAUUUGGGGUUUAUAAUCUGUACAAAACCUUGCAAAAUGGAGCCUCAUUGUGUUUCUUUUUUCCUUUUACAAAUCAUUUCAGAAACAAGAGACAGAGCAUCCAUCUUCAUAAAACAAAAAGCCAAGAGCUAGCCCUCUAUAUAUGAGGUCAAAUUGCUGAUAAUAUGAUCAGAUUUAAAAUAUCAGUGUCUUGUUUUCCUCUAAAUCUCUCAUCUUUAUUCUCAGUUAUCACUGAAAAUCUGUACUUAAAUUUUCUUUCCUGAAUUCCUCUCAAGGUUCUAAUGAGCGCUGCACAUUUUUAAGUAAAUAUGUUAAUAAAUAAAGUAUAUGAUGAUGAUAAA